AGGAGGGCGAACAAUCAUAGUCCACUACAAUCCAUCGCCAUCCCCUUCCCAUACAUGGUUGCUGUACCUAGCGACAGUAUAACCUUGUAGAUGAACUUACUAAUAAAUACUAGGCCAACAAAUCUGAUUUCCUUGGUCCUCUCGUUCAUCGUGUGAUUGUGGUCCAGCCGUAUUAACUGUCACACCCACUGCAGCGAAUCAAAGCACAAGAUGCUGCCGAAACUCACGUCUUCUCCCGCGAAGAAGAAGGGGAGCUUCGAUGGCGUUGUUACCAACAGUGCCUCGACAGGCGCAGGAGCCUCUUCCAGCGGCGUGACGCCAAAUAAGAAUGCUGCGAACAAUACUGCUGGUACCGCAUCCUCGUCCGCAACUUCGCCGACUAAAUUACCGCCCGCGAAGGACGCCCGCGAAGAUGAUGCUGGUGCAGGAGGAGCUCCAGCUGCUGCAACAGCUAGAGGAGCAACAAGUAGUGCCUCAGCAAAAAGAACAGGAGGCUCAUUUUCAGAGGCAAAGACGGCGGCUGCAGCUGCGGACUCCACGACCCUGCUGCAAACGGUCGGAACGAGUAAGGAUAUGGUGUCUCGGGUAGUAGGGCAACCGCAGACGCCGACAAGUGGCGCGAAGCAAACAGCCACAACUACCGCAGGAACUGCACCUGGAGGGCCUCCCAGUGGUGGCGAUCUAGUUGUACCUGUCUCGCCGAGCGGCGCGAAGCCAAGUCCUCCGACGGAAGCAGCAAGCAGCAGCAGCUCGCCGCGGCACAAGCGCCACAGCGGGGGGGCAGGAGCUGCUACAACGGGGUCCUCAAAGCCGUCUCGUGUGGGGAAGGACGGAAUGUUGAACAAGGGAGUUGCAGUGGCUGGAUCUACUUCGGUGGGGAAAGGAAGUGAUAUUUUUGGUAAAGCAGGGGGACCCACAGUGUCGAGCAGUCUUUCGGGUGCAGGAGGCGCAACUACUGGCACAACAGCACAGGAGGGACAGGACCACACGAGAGCCGACAUCACGGGCAAAGAAGGAGACCACGGAGCUGCUGUUAUAAUAGAAAAAGCCGGACGAGAAGAUUUUGAAAAAGCAGUCACUGACCCGCCGCCCGGCAAGUGUGCUGUCAACAUGAUGUCCGAAGAUGCAGGAGCAGCAAGUACUGCACCGAGCUUGUCAAAGAAUGAGAAAGAUGAUCCUAGAGGCAUGCAGCAUCCGGAGACAUCAAGCGAGACCGCGAAAAGUUCCGUUCGGGCCCUCGGCGAUGUGGAACCCGUGUCGAAUGUGGGGACGACGUUUUUAGCUACGUCAAAUGCAGCAGCAGCAGCUACACAGGGAGCUAGUAGUACCACCGCUCCAGGUGCACCAGUUUGUUCGUCCCUCACAAUAGAUACAACGACCACCGGAGUUCUCGGAGUGGACCAACACACCAGCAGCAGCACCAGCAGGCAAACGUCCGCCGCGAGCUGCAACAAACAAGCAGAUAUUAAGGAUCCUUCCGUACUAACUUCCGCGACGAGCCCGAAGAUAAACAGCGGCGCCUCGAGUCCCAACACACCGGCGAAAAAGGUGACCAUUGUUGCGAGUGCACUCCUCCUAUCAAAUGUAAAAAUGUCUGGGUCUGGAAGAAUGCAUGUUUGUCAUGCUUGUCUGGCAUGACUCUUAAAUCUGUCAUGCAAGUUACCCAAGACAAGUUACCCAAGACAAGUCCUCCCUCGAGGUGCAUAGCAAGGUAAUCCUCCUUCAACUCAUAACUCUGAUAAACAUGUUUUUUCUCGUUUUAUAUUAUAUUUUUUUACAUGUUUAUAGUAACUUGUACUAUCGGCUUUCGUGCCACCGGGACGUCCUGCCCGUAGACCACCAAUGUCAUGCAAGUUACCCAAGAGCUACAUUUUUCUGUGAUGCAGAAACGCAGUUUGUCAUGCAGAAUAGGCAACACCUAGAAGCUGAGAAACUUGUGAUGCUGAGCCAGCAUUUCUGGCCUCAUCAUGAGACGCCACCCAGCAUCACAAGUUUCCAGACCCAGACACUUUUACAUUUGAUACCUGCCCGCGGACGCGGUGGACAACUUUUCGGCUGACGAUGUUGAGGACGAGAGCGGGGACCACACGACGUCGUAUCAAGAAGGAAGUAUCAACUGCACAAAUGUCUGGGUCUGGAAGAUUAGAACUUGUCAUGCUAAACCUAAAUGAUGCAAAAAUCUGUGUUGCGUGAGUGCCAAAAGCUGUCCGCUUUUGACCAAGUUGAGAGGGAGUUUCUCAUGCAGAAAAGGCAUGAUAGAGACCUCAAUCUUUGUCAUGCUGGGUCUCGCAUUCCAGACCUGCUGGGUCUCGCUGCGGCUAACUUCUCAUCCACCCGGCCGGGUGGAUGAGAAGUUAGCCGGUAACUUCUUAUGGGAGCUUUGUUACCCCGCUCUAAUAAGUCCAUAGCGCCUUCUCUCUCUCCAACACCAACUUUAUACUUUUAUUGUGUCUCUCGGUUUUCCUUUGGGUUCUGUUGUGGUAGCAGAUUGGUUUUGGCCUUUUUCCUCAUGGAAACAAACGUGAUGCGAUAUUACUGACCUCAGGUGUGUCGCAACGGCUGCGCUGGUAGCGGCAAUGCGUGGCUCUUACAUGAUACGGCGCGGGAUUCUGGGCUGUCUUCAUCUCUUUUCUUGCCGGGGGCUCCGGGGCUGACCCUUCGGUGUCAGUGCGCGGACCAAACCUUCAGCUUUGAUAGCGGCGCCCCUUUUGCGGUGUUCGGAGUCCCCCGCUGGCCGGUUCCUGCGAAGUGCGUGCGACUUUAAUAGCGGCGACCUGCCCUCCGAGCGCGACCUUCAUAGUGGUGGAACGAAGAUGUCCGUCUCUGGCCACGAGUCGUGGUGUCUAGCGUGCUGCGCAGUCUGUUCUCGGUGCGGGCGGGUCUUGAGGCUCAAUGGUGGAGGUGGUGGUGGUGUUGACGGGAUGAAUACGAAGAUGGUGCUCGGGAUGUCUUCAUCGAUCUGUUUUUCUUGCCGGGGGCACCGGGGCUGACCCAUCUGUGUCAGUGCGCGGACCACUCCAUCAGCUGUGAUAGCGGCGCCCCAUCUGCGGCGUUCGGUGUCCCCCGUGCGCCGGUUCCUUCGCAGCGUGGCCUUCUGACGUCCCGACGCCGAAGCCGCAGUGGGAUGCUCUACCAAGCCUGUUUUUAACGUGGUGCAUGUUGUACUUGUAGCGGCGCCGGCGUGCAGUAGGUGGUGCUGCUAGCGCGGUGUGCAGCGUCUUCGGAUCUCGCGUCCUCCGACGUCGCGGUGGUCGGGCUGCUUUCGGACGCUCCUCACCCUCUUUGGCCGGGAGUCUGAUGCGGGUCAAGCUUGGUGGCGUGGAGCGAGACGCGCUGCUUGUUCGACGCGAUUCUUCUUCCGCCAGCGAGUUCCAGCUCGAGUUUUGCCGUCAGCGGGGAUCGGCUGUGAAGUGCGGCCUUCGUCACUCCGAAGCGAUGUUUCUUUGAACGAGCUGCGGGUCUGCUGGUCGCGGUGACCGAAGGCAUCUUCUUGUCCUCUCGGGUCGUUUCAGUGCGUGCUCUUCCAGGCCCAUGUCGCGACUCUCUCUGUUACGAUGUUGGUUUCCUCAUACCGCUGGCUUUUCCUCCAAGAGCCCGCACGCCCUCAACCUCGUGCUGUCGUUGAUUAACCUCUGUCGGAAAUUCCCGUUGAUGGAUGCUCUGACUUUGGAGCGUCUUCGCCACCGGCAGGAGUCAGGAUGGGUAGAUGGGGCGCCUCGUUGUUGCUUGGGCUCUGCUCAGGUCUUCGCUGCUCUCAGGGGUCUGGGCCGCUCUCUCGGGUUUCAGGUGCGGGUUGGAGUUUGUGGGCCUCUCGUCAGUUUGGACGGUGCGCUCUCAUUCAGCCUUCCCCCCAGCUGUGUGUCAGUUGGCUAUCUGGCUCCCCUGGUCCCUGUUUGCUGUGUUGGCUGGUGAUGACUUGGCGUUGCUGACGACUUGUCGUCUGGCAUUUCCUCAUUUUGCUGCCACAACUGUCUGGUCCCCGGGCUCUCGAGGCGGAGAGUGUUGGGUUACCUGGUCGGGUUGUUGUGCGUCGCGGUGUCUCUCACGUCCCUAGCUCUUCGUGCUAACCACUAUGCACAGUUGAGCACCCUGUCUGCCUUCCAGGCUUUCAGGGCGUGGGGGAGCAUUCCUUCUUGCCCCCCGGGACUAUGCCUUCGCUUCCGUCUAAUCUGAGGGGACUAUUUAUCCCUCUCGGAAUUCGGUCGUGAGGAAGGGUGGCCGGGGUCUUCCUGUCAGCUUCGCUUGCGUCGCGGCAGUGAAGUUUGUGAAAUCGAGGGAAGUGGUUGGCAGAGGAUUUGGGUCGGUGUCUGAAAAGAUCCUUCCCGUUCUCGCCUGCGGAUUUUUGAUCGUUGAUCAUUUUUCUGUAGGUCAAUGCCACCCUCGAUUCUUCACCCCCAGGGGGUUGGGGUCCCCUCUUCCAAUGUGUAUUGGUUGAGGACUGCCCCCUUCAUCCUAAGUGCCAUCAGCCAUGGUAUCUGGAAAACCUGCAUCGCAAAUCUUGUAUUCUUCCAGACCCAGACACUUUUGCAAUCGAUAGGAAGCAAGGACGAGCAAACAAGCGGUAUUAGCAUAGUAAAGACGACAACUACAACUACCGGCGGUGCGAUUGCACCUGCAAGUCCCGGGGGCGGUGGUAGUUCUCAUAAAACUUCUGGCGUUGGUGCGAGGCUGGUCUUACCUGGGGGCGAGGAAGCGACUCCGAACUCGGCGCAAAGGGUUCGGCUGUCACUAGUGCCCUCGGCGGCGGCGGCUGGUCAGGUGGGUACAACGAGACAGGGCAGGCACAAGUAAGCAGUGUUUUUUGGGAAAAGCGAUCGAUUUGUUUUUCUUUUUUUGCUUGUUCUUCUUGUUGAGAUCGAUCAAGAACUACGACGAUUGUACAAGACCACAGCCGCGAGCGCGACAAACACAUGAAUGAUCGUUAUCCCUUCUGAAUGCUAAUGCAGGAGCAUGUUGGCCAGCUACGAUGGUGCCCGGAGUUCGCAGCCGGUGUCAGGACGCGCAAGCGUGCGACGGAAAACAGGCCACCGCACCACGGUCUCCGGAGGGAAUGCUGCCUUCGGGCAAUUGUAUCACAAUCUAUCAAUCUAUGAUUUGCGUGUGUAUUAGUUUUGUACGUGUCUGUUUGCAAAAAUACCUAUGGAGCAUGUAGCAUGCUUCGGAAGCAUUGCUUCCUCUUGGCGGGUAUAAGACAAUAACUUUUCAGGCCCUCUACCCCCGGAUCCGCGCGCGCAACGCGCGGCAAGCAGAGCGUUUUAGUGCAAUUGGACGACAUCAGCAGCAUGGUUGAGUUGCAUGACAAGGACAUCGACCUGCACGAGCUUGUCCACGAUGAGGGAAGGUAUUUGUCUUGCACAAGCGCAUAGAUAAGUAAAAGACCGCAGCAUUGUGGUUCACACGAUGAUGAUGCCUUUUCCACUCUAUCACAGCAUCUCGUUCAUCACAUUUUCACUAACGCUUUCCUCAUUCUUUAACUCCGUAAACAACCAGGCGGCAACAGCUUCUGGCGGCUUGUCCCGGGUUGAAGGAUACCCUCGCGCACGUUGAGCACGGCCUGGAGACGCACAUUGAAGCGGCUGCACGGGUCGCGGCCUUUCGUCCCAAACUGGUGGUUUGGCUCGCGAAGCUGAUAAACCGAGUGGCGGGGUGUGAGGUAUUAAGUAGUGUCCUGGUAAUGAGUUUUUUACUUCAGCAUGUGCGGAGGUCUGGUUUUAUCUGUCCGAUAGUACGACCACGAGGAGGAGACUCGAAUUCAUCAUCCGGGGCUGUGUUUAUUUGCACGACUUCUAUCAAACACAACUACAUGGCGACGCAGCAAGUUGAAACCUAAAUAUACUUCAUUACCACGAUGGACUUGCUCCAUUCUCCAGUACCGAACAAAAACCAUUGAAAACACCAAGGUAACCCACACCGAGCGGUUUGGCUGGGCAACGCGGAACUCGCAGAAUUCCGUUUCCGAGGACGCGGACCUGAUGUCGGACUACAGCGACUACAACAAUUCGCAGGGCGGGGACUCGGAACUGGACCUUUUCGAGGACCGCGAGCGGAUGUCGCGGGUGGAGCGGAUGCUGCCCUGCGUGAAGGUCGUGCACGAAGAGUUGCGGCGAAAAUCCAGCACCCGGCGGGAAACGGCCACCAAGCUGCUGGAAAUGCACGUGCUGCUGCGGACGUGGGUAAACGCCAAAUUGCAAUCCAUGGUCGCGAACUACGUCAAAACUGCUGGUGGCCAAGCGUCGCGAACCACCUCCCACGAGAACAGGACCAGCGCGCGGCGGAUGAGCGGGUCGCAGGGGCUGGGGCGUGCCGUCGAGGCGGAGAUGCGAAAUAGUACAACUACUGGGGAUCUAGACAUGGAUGCGGGAGAGGAGAUGAAGGAGGACACCGCAAGAACCUCCUGGGCCGUCAGAACGUCGGAGGUGGAAAACCUCAGCCAGCCAAAAAGAGGAAGUUUGGUCUAA